AUGGGUUCUGUUGUUCUUCCACACUUGCCUACAGCUUGGCAUGUCGACCAAGCUAUUCUUUCUGAAGAGGAUAGGCUGGUUGUCAUUCGUUUUGGACGCGACUGGGACAAAGACUGCAUGGCCCAGGAUGAAGUUCUUUACAAAGUUGCAGACCGUGUGAAAAACUUUGCUGUCAUUUAUCUUUGCGAUAUUGACCAGGUUCCGGAUUUCAAGCAGAUGUACGAACUUUACGACCCGAUGACAAUCAUGUUCUUUUUUCGCAACAAGCAUAUGAUGUGCGACUUUGGCACGGGAAACAAUAAUAAAUUGAACUGGGUGCUUGAGGACAAGCAGGAGUUGAUUGAUAUUAUAGAGGCAAUUUACAGAGGCGCUAAGAAGGGGAGGGGCUUGGUUGUUAGUCCAAAGGACUAUUCCACGAGAUAUCGUUAUUAA